UCGUUUGUUGUAUCUACGUCGUGUUGUCUCGGCGGUCUCGGAGACCUGCAUGUCUCACUCGACCACUCGACGAAACCUCGAAGACAUAUCUCAUGGUCAGAGGUUACUCCGCUUGAGCCCUUCACUCGUCUCUACGUCGACCUUCUACUUGUGCCCGGUUGUCGGCCCCGUAUCGGCCACCCUCUCGUCGUCUGUUCGACCUCUCACUCGCACUCGGUGGUCGAGCCUCAUACUUCUAAAGACAACCUUUGUCGACCCUCUUCUCGUCGCUGCGUCGACCUCUCAAUCGCUUUCAGUGACCGACUCGUUGACCUUCGGUUGUAUCUGCGUCAAACCUCUCACAUUCGGAACAAUCGACACAACACUCCAUCAGCAAGCAUGAAUGACCACCAGAACAUCUUCAACGUGCGAGUCAAAAGACUCACCUACCAGAGCGAAGUCUCACCUUUCGGCUUGUGGACUCUGCCAGCCCCAGUCGAUGACCCUUCGUUCGCACCUUGUUAUGCGCCAUAUGGCGAGUCAUUCCCACCCAUCAGCUCUCGUCCAGCACCCAGACAGAACACAAUCGACCAGAUGAAGGUCAUCAAGUCAAGCAAGACGCAAGCCGCAAUCGCGUUGUCGAGAAGUAAGUCAAUAGAUUCAGGAUCCAAAAUAUAG